AUGGCGUCGGAGGGAGAGGCGGGUAACGUUGUUGUGACUGAAAGCGACGCAGCCAAGAGUGACACGGCGUUGAGUGAACUUCCUGUCAGCAUGGACGCCGAGUCUUCCGGUGCCAAGGAGGGCCUGGAGGCGGCGGGCGACGCCUCGGAGGCAGCCGACACGCUGACCGGAUCGGGCGAUGAGGACAACGGACGGCAACUUGGCGAGGUGGAGUUACAGUGCGCCUUGUGCACCAAGUGGUUUACCGCUGACACCUUCGCCAUCAACACCGCGACCUGUCUGCCCUUCAUGACCAACUAUGUGUUCCACUGCAACGUGUGCCACCACAGCGGCAACACCUACUUCCUCAGGAAACCUGCCAACCUGAAGGAGAUGUGUUUGACGGCGCUGGCCAACCUGACCUGGAGAUCCAGAAGCCAAGACGAACAUCCCAAGACUAUGUUCUCCAAAGACAAGGACAUCAUCCCGUUCAUCGAUAAGUACUGGGAGUACAUGACUACCCGCCAGAGACGCGGCAAGUUGACGCACAACAACAUCGUCAAGACCAUGAGCAAAGAACGAGACGUUUUCCUGGUCAAAGAGCACCCUGACCCCGGCAGCAAAGACCCCGAGGAAGAUUACCCCAAGUUUGGACUCCUGGAUCAGGACCUGGGUACUAUCGGCCCCUCGUAUGAUGCCCAGAAGCAGUCGGGUGCAGCGCCGGCCGCCGGGGGCCUCAACGGUGGAUCCUCGUACUCAGGUGUUCUGGCUCCAGUGGCGGGCAAAGGAAGAGGCGCCAAGCGCAAGCAGCAGCAGCAGCAACAGCAAGAGGGCGCCACUGCCGGAGCCGCCAAGAGGACCCGCAGUGACCCGCUGUUCUCGGCUCAGCGUCUACCCCCACAUGGCUACCCUCUGGAGCACCCGUUCAACAAAGAUGGUUACCGCUACAUCCUGGCCGAGCCGGACCCGCACGCCCCCGACCCAGAGAAGCUGGAGCUGGACUGCUGGGCUGGAAAGCCAAUCCCGGGCGACCUCUACCGGGCCUGCCUAUAUGAGCGCGUUCUGCUGGCGCUGCACGACCGAGCGCCCCAGCUGAAGAUUUCAGACGACCGUCUGACGGUGACAGGCGAGAAGGGCUACUCCAUGGUGCGUGCCUCCCAUGGCGUCCGCAAGGGCUCCUGGUACUUUGAGGUCACGGUGGACGAUAUGCCUCCCGACACAGCCGCCCGGCUGGGCUGGUCUCAGCCUCUCGGUAACCUGCAAGCGCCACUGGGCUACGACAAGUUCAGCUACUCGUGGCGCAGCAAGAAGGGAACCCGCUUCCAUCAGUCGCUGGGCAAGCACUACUCGGCGGGCUACGGCCAAGGAGACACACUGGGCUUCCUCAUCGAGCUGCCCGAGCGCACAGACACGGCCCGAGCUCUGCCAGACACCUACAAGGAUAAGGCGCUCAUCAAGUUCAAGAGCUACUUGUACUUUGAGGAGAAGGACUACGUGGACAAAGCUGAGAAGAGCCUAAAGACGAUGAGCCCCAGCAGGAUGGUGUUCUACAAGAACGGCGUCAGCCAAGGCGUGGCCUUUGAGAACCUGUUUGAAGGAAUCUACUUCCCGGCCAUCUCCCUCUACAAGAGCUGCACGCUGUCCGUCAACUUCGGGCCCCACUUCAAACACUCCCCCAAGGACGUCAGCUUCCAACCGAUGAGCGACAUGGGUUGGGGCGCCGUUGUCGAGCACACACUGGCUGACACCUUGUACCAUGUGGAGACGGAGGUGGACGGACGCCGCAGCCCCCCCUGGGAGGGAUGA